AUGGCGCAGGCACAGCAGGUCGCCCUAGAGCGACUCGAAUAUAUUACGAGGGGAUUGCGGUCAAGAACUAGCGACGAUGUGCGCAAGCGAUCGGCCAUCCAGCUGCGAGAGCUGGUGACCGUAUGCCAUCGAGAUCUUAGCCCCGAGCAGUUCCUCACAUUCUACAACAACGUUAACAACAAAAUCACCCAACUCAUCACACAUGGCAGCGACUCUGCAGAGAGACUGGGCGGUAUCUAUGCCUUGGAUUCUCUCGUCGAUUUUGAAGGCGUGGACGUGGCCGCCAAAUAUACCCGCUUUACGCAGAACCUCAAGACUAUUCUCCGUGGCAAGGAUACCAUGCCUAUGCGGCAUGCGGCGAUUGCCCUCGGAAAGCUUUGUCGGCCCGGAGGAGCCAUGAUUUCUGAACUGGUCGACUCCGAGGUGAAUACUGCACUCGAAUGGUUACAGAAUGACCGAGUCGAGGAGCGGCGGUACAGUGCAGUUCUCGUCCUGCGAGAGCUUGCGCGAAAUGCACCUACCCUAAUGUACCAGUAUAUCCCAACCAUUUUUGACUGGAUCUGGGUCGGUCUUCGUGAUCCGAGACAACUCAUUCGCGAAACCUCGGCUGAGACCGUCAGCGCCUGUUUCCGCAUCAUUCGCGAGCGAGACCAGGAGAUGAAGCAGAUAUGGAUGAGCAAGAUCUACAACGAGGCGAGACAGGGCCUGAAAGUAAACACGGUUGAGUCAAUCCACGCAUCGUUGCUGGUGUUGAAGGAGCUUUUAGAACAAGGUGGCAUGUAUAUGCAAGAGCACUACCAGGAAGCUUGUGAUAUCGUCUUCAAGCACAAAGAUCACCGUGACCCGACCACGCGAAAGACUGUGGUGCUGCUGAUACCAGACCUGGCAAGCUACUCGCCAGCCGAUUUCGCCCAUUCCUGGCUUCACAAGUUCAUGGUCUAUCUUUCUGGCAUGUUGAAAAAGGACAAGGAGCGUAACGACGCUUUCCUCGCCAUCGGAAACAUUGCAAACUCUGUCAAGAGUGCCAUCGCCCCUUACCUGGAUGGCGUUCUGAUCUAUGUGAGAGAAGGCCUCAGCGUACAGUCUCGUAAGAGGGGCUCUGUGGAUCCAGUCUUUGACUGUAUCAGCCGUCUUGCCGUGGCCGUUGGCCAGACUCUUAGCAAAUACAUGGAGGCUCUCCUUGACCCCAUCUUUGCUUGCGACCUAACGCCUAAACUGACGCAGGCUCUGGUCGACAUGGCAUUCUAUAUCCCGCCUGUCAAGCCCAUCAUCCAAGAAAGGCUGCUAGACAUGCUGAGCGUUGUCCUAUGUGGCGAAUCCUUCAAACCUCUCGGCGCGCCGCAGCCAAACACUCUGACCUCGGUGCCGACUAUUACAAAGGAUGCCAAAGAUCCACAGGCAUAUGAAAAUCGCAAGACGGAGAUAAAGCUUGCAUUGAACACUCUUGGGAGCUUUGAUUUCUCCGGCCAUGUUCUGAACGAGUUUGUUCGUGACGUGGCCAUCAAGUAUGUUGAAGAUGAGGAUCCGGAAAUCAGAGAAGCAGCGGCUCUCACUUGCUGCCAGCUCUAUGUUAGAGACCCCAUUGUCAACCAGACCAGUUAUCAUGCCCUCCAGGUCGUUGGGGAUGUUAUAGAAAAGCUACUCACUGUCGGAAUAUCCGACCCAGAGCCAAAUAUUCGGCGGACUGUGCUGGCUGCUCUCGACGAACGGUUUGAUCGUCACCUGGCCAAGGCAGAAAACAUCCGCAUCCUCUUCUUUGCAUUAAAUGACGAAGUCUUCUCUAUUAGAGAAGUUGCCAUCUCCAUCAUUGGUCGCCUUGCUAGGUUUAAUCCGGCAUAUGUUAUCCCCUCCUUGCGGAAGACUCUCAUCCAGAUGCUUACUGAACUCGAAUUCUCAGAUGUGGCACGAAACAAGGAGGAGAGUGCUAAACUACUGAGUCUCUUGGUUCAAAACGCACAAUCGCUCAUCAAGCCCUAUGUUGAGCCAAUGAUCUCUGUUCUUCUUCCUAAGGCUAACGACCCCAGCCCUACGGUCGCUGCUACCAUUUUGAAAGCCAUCGGAGAGCUGGCCACUGUCGGCGGCGAAGAUAUGUUGCCAUAUAAAGACCGUCUAAUGCCACUCAUCAUUGAUGCCCUGCAAGAUCAGAGCUCAAACAUCAAACGAGAGGCGGCUCUCCAUUCUCUCGGCCAACUGGCCAGUAAUUCUGGAUAUGUGAUACAGCCUUACUUAGAGUAUCCCCAACUAUUAGAAAUUCUCCAGGCCAUUAUUAGGACGGAGGAUCAGAGAGGUCCUUUGCGACAAGAAACCAUCAAGCUCAUGGGUAUUCUGGGCGCCUUGGACCCCUAUAAACAUCAGGUCGAGGAGAAAACACCCGAAAUGCAGCGACGCUCCGAGUCAAAUCAGAUGACGGAUAUAUCACUAAUGAUGACUGGAUUAACACCGUCGAAUAAGGAGUACUUUCCUACCGUCGUUAUCAACGCCCUCCUCCAGAUUCUCAAGGACCACUCCCUGGCUCAGCAUCAUGCCGCCGUUAUCGAAGCCAUUAUGAAUAUCUUCAGAACGUUGGGACUGGAAUGCGUGUCGUUCUUGGAUAGAAUCGUUCCUGCGUUUCUGCUUGUUAUUCGAUCGUGCCCCCCCACCCGCCUGGAGUCGUACUUCAAUCAGCUGGCGACAUUGGUGAGCAUUGUACGACAGCACAUCAGAAACUAUCUUCCAGAGAUUGUAGAAAUACUCCAGGAGUAUUGGCACAAGUCAGCGUCGUUACAAACUACGAUUCUCUCCUUGGUUGAGGCUAUAUCUCGGUCUCUCGAGGGCGAGUUCAAAAUCUACCUGGCGUCGCUUCUCCCUCUCAUGCUUGGCGUGCUUGACAAGGACGUGUCUACAAAGCGAACGCCGUCUGAGAAAGUACUGCAUGCCUUUUUGGUUUUUGGAGCGAGCGCUGAAGAGUACAUGCACCUCAUUAUCCCUGUUAUUGUUAGGACGUUUGAGAAGCAGGGGCAGCCAACUUUCAUCAGGAAGCAAGCGAUUGAUACCAUUGGCAAAAUUUCCCGCCAAGUGAAUUUGAACGAUUUUGCAGCCAAGAUUAUUCAUCCUCUGACGAGAGUACUCGACAUGGGAGAGCCGAUGCUGAGGCUCGCUGCGCUCGAUACGCUCUGUGCUUUGGUACAACAGCUUGGAAGAGACUAUAUACACUUUAUGGGAACUGUGAACAAGGUCAUCAACCAACAUCAGAUCCAACAUCAAAACUAUGAUCUUCUGGUUAGUAAGCUACAGAAAGGGGAGGUUCUGCCGCAAGACUUGACAUCGGACGCUCGCCUUUUGGACAUUGGAGAUGAAACUCCUUUUGCAGAUCUGGGUACUAAGAAGCUGGAGAUGAAUGCCAUUCACCUGAAGGCUGCGUGGGAUACCAAAGGAAAGUCAACAAAAGAGGAUUGGCAGGAGUGGCUACGAAGAUUCAGCACCACGCUUCUCACAGAGUCGCCAAACCACGCCCUGAGGGCCUGUGCCAGCCUCGCGAGCGUCUACCUGCCUCUGGCCCGAGAGCUCUUCAACUCGGCAUUCGUUUCAUGUUGGAGCGAGCUAUAUGAACAGUUCCAAGAUGAAUUGAUUCAGAAUAUCGAGAGCGCCAUCAAGUCGGAGAAUGUCCCGCCGGAUUUGCUUGGUCUGCUGCUCAACUUGGCCGAGUUCAUGGAACACGAUGACAAAGCGCUACCCAUUGACAUCCGUGUUCUCGGUAGAGAGGCCGCCCGCUGCCACGCCUACGCAAAAGCGUUGCAUUACAAAGAACUAGAAUUCUUACAGGACCAAAGCAGCGGAGCUGUGGAAGCCCUCAUUGUAAUCAACAAUCAGCUGCAGCAGUCAGAUGCCGCCAUUGGUAUUCUGCGGAAAGCUCAGUUGUACAAAGAAGGCAUUCAGCUGCGCGAGACGUGGUUUGAGAAGCUGGAGCGAUGGGAGGAAGCUUUGGCAUCCUACAAUAAGCGCGAGAGAGAGGUGCCUGCUGACCAACCUAUCCCCAUCGAUAUUGUCAUGGGUAAGAUGCGCUGUCUCCAUGCUCUUGGUGAGUGGGACGCGCUCGCCAGCUUAACCGGCAGCACAUGGGCCAACUCUGCCCCCGAAGUCCAAAGAAUGAUUGCACCGCUCGCUACGGCCGCCGCGUGGGGUCUCGGCAAGUGGGAUUCCAUGGAUAACUACCUGUCUUCCCUUAAGAGGUACUCUCCAGAUAGGUCAUUCUUCGGCGCCAUCCUAGCUCUUCAUCGGAAUCAAUUCAGAGAGGCUAUUGCCUGUAUUGAACAAGCCCGUGAAGGCCUGGAUACUGAACUUAGUGCUCUUGUCAGCGAAUCAUAUAACCGCGCGUACCAGGUCGUUGUCAGAGUUCAGAUGCUUGCUGAACUGGAAGAGUUGAUUGUAUACAAACAAUGUGAUGAGAGGAAACAGGUCACUAUGCGUAAGACCUGGGAAACGAGACUGGAGGGUUGCCAGCGUAACGUGGAGGUUUGGCAGCGAAUGCUGCGGCUGCGUGCCCUGGUUAUUGCUCCCGCAGAAAACAUUCGCAUGUGGAUCAAGUUCGCCAACCUUUGUCGCAAGUCGGGCCGUAUGGGACUGGCCGAGAAGUCACUGAAGCAGCUCAUUGGCUCCGAUGCGCCGCUUGAGGCCCUGAUUCCAUACUGGAACGACACCAAGCAAGCGACUGCAGGACCGCGCAACGCACCGCCUGCUCAAGUCAUUUACGGCAUGCUCAAGUAUCAAUGGGAACUUGGCCAGCAGCCCAACAUGAAGGCUACUGGAAUCGCCGAGAGAACUUUGUACUGCUUACAGCGAUUUACCAAUGAUUCGGCUCACCGUCUAGACGUAGCAAAGGCUCACCUCACCGCCCAAGCAGGAAGCGAAGUAAACCUGCCUCUUGAGUAUGGUUUCCAAAACCAGGUUGACCCAUCUGUGAUGAGCCCACAGACGCAGCGAGCGUUGGUAGACCAGACGGUGCUACUGGCGAAAUGCUACUUGCGACAGGGCGAGUGGCAGAUUGCUCUCAACAAGGAUGACUGGCAAUACACCAAGAUCCAGGACAUUCUGGCCUCCUACUCUCAAGCAACCAAGUACAACCCGCGCUGGUACAAGGCCUGGCAUGCCUGGGCGCUUGCCAAUUUUGAGAUUGUUCAGACCUUGUCUGCUAGAGGCGAAGGACAGCUAUCGAGAGCUGACCAGACGAUGAUUAUCGAACAUGUUGUGCCAGCCAUCCAGGGUUUCUUCAAGUCCAUCGCGUUAUCCGCUGGCAGCUCGCUUCAAGAUACACUGCGUCUGUUGACUCUGUGGUUCACUCACGGAGGCAAUUCGGAUGUAAACACGUCUGUUACCGAGGGCUUUGCAAAUGUUAGCAUUGACACAUGGCUGGAGGUGAUACCUCAACUUAUUGCUAGAAUCAAUCAGCCAAACAAGCGUGUGCAGCAGUCGGUGCAUAAUCUUCUGGCUGACGUGGGCCGGGCGCAUCCGCAGGCAUUGGUCUACCCGCUCACCGUAGCCAUGAAAUCAUGGCAGAACAGUCGACGGUCGAGGUCCGCAGCACAAAUCAUGGACAGCAUGCGUCAGCACAGCGCCAACCUCGUUGCCCAAGCAGACACGGUCAGUCAUGAGCUGAUUCGAGUGGCGGUGCUAUGGCACGAACUCUGGCACGAAGGUCUGGAAGAGGCAUCGCGACUGUACUUUGGCGAUCAUAACAUUGAGGGCAUGUUUGCGGCACUGGAACCUCUUCAUGAGCAGUUGGAGAGGGGCCCGGAGACCCUUAGAGAAAUAUCAUUUGCGCAGGCCUUUGGGCGCGAUCUUAAGGAAGCCCAAGACUGGUGCCAUCAAUAUGAGACGAGUAGGGAUGUGAACGAUUUAAAUCAAGCCUGGGAUCUCUAUUAUCAAGUCUUCCGUCGCAUCACAAGACAGCUGCCGCAGGUCACAAGCCUGGAACUUACAUACUGCUCCCCUAAGCUGCUGAAUGCGAAGAACCUCGACCUGGCUGUUCCGGGAACAUACAAGAGUGGGCAGCCUAUCGUUAGGAUAAUGUCCUUUGAGUCGACCUUUACUGUUAUUAAUUCUAAGCAGAGGCCGAGAAAGCUCAAUGCCAACGGCAGUGAUGGCGUUUCGUACGCUUUCCUGCUCAAAGGGCAUGAGGACAUUCGACAGGACGAGCGUGUGAUGCAGCUGUUUGGCCUUUGUAACACUCUACUGGCAAACGAUUCCGAAUGUUACAAGAGACAUCUCAACAUUCAGCGCUAUCCUGCCAUUCCGCUCUCGCAGAACUCUGGAUUACUGGGAUGGGUUCCGAACAGCGACACACUGCACGUCCUCAUCCGUGAGUAUCGCGAGAGCCGCAAGAUUCUCCUCAACAUUGAGCACCGAAUCAUGCUCCAGAUGGCACCGGACUACGACAACCUAACGCUCAUGCAAAAGGUAGAAGUGUUUGGGUAUGCCUUGGACAACACGACAGGUCAGGAUCUUUACCGUGUUCUCUGGCUGAAGUCCAAGUCGUCAGAAGCCUGGUUAGAGAGGCGGACAAACUACACUCGCUCCUUGGGCGUCAUGUCCAUGGUGGGCUAUAUCUUGGGUUUGGGAGAUCGACACCCUUCGAAUCUUAUGCUCGACCGCGUCACUGGCAAGAUUAUUCAUAUUGACUUUGGCGACUGUUUCGAGGUAGCCACCAAGCGUGAAAAGUAUCCCGAGAGAGUACCUUUCCGACUGACCCGCAUGUUGACGUAUGCUAUGGAAGUUAGCAAUAUUGAAGGAAGCUUUAGAAUCACAUGCGAACACGUAAUGAGGGUCUUGCGAGAUAACAAGGAGAGCGUUAUGGCUGUAUUGGAAGCUUUUAUUCAUGAUCCUCUCCUCACUUGGAGACUUACCAAUGCUGCCUCUCCGGCUGGGCCCAAUUUCCGCUCCGAACGCGAAGUGGCGCUUGCAGGCCCUCACGCAAUGCGAGCGCGACGACAGUCCAUCUUGGAUGCCGAUGUCGCACCAUCUGAGCUCAUGGCAAAUGUCGAGUCUUCAGCACCCCCUAUGGCUAGAAACAGAGCCCGCACAAACAGCUCAACGAUACCAGAAAAUGCCCAGGCUAACGGCGCGGAAGAGAGGGAGAGCCAAAACGCCAGAGCAAUUGAAGUGCUCGACCGUGUUUCACAGAAGCUUACGGGGCGCGACUUCAAGCCUAAUGAGGAACUGGACAUCAUUAACCAAGUGAACAAGCUCAUCAUUGAAGCUACGAAACUGGAAAAUCUGUGUCAGCACUAUAUCGGAUGGUGCAGUUUCUGGUAG